UCUUGUAUCAUAUUCAUCAAGAGCGCCUACCAAAACACUCUAGAUAAAAAGCAUUACCAAAUACAAAACAAUAGAUACAACUAUGUCUGCGAGUAACUCAUCAUCAUUGGUUCUAAUCACGUUGAUAUUGGCCACAUCGUGCCUAGUCUCCGAGAGCCGGAUUGCAAGAAAAGAUUUGGGUUUAGACCUUGGUGGGAUAGGGAUAGGGAUCGGUACUGGCAUCGGCAUUGGUCUAGGUGGAGGUGGGUCCGGAGCUGGUGCCGGGUCAGGAUCCGGAGGAGGAGGAGGGUCAAGCUCUUCUUCCUCAUCUAGCUCCAGCAGUUCUUCGAGCUCUGGUGGUGGUGGAGGUGAUGCGGGAUCCGAGGCCGGAUCAUACGCGGGCUCACGUGCCGGGUCUGGUUCAGGUGGAAGUUCCGGAUCAGGCCGUGGAAGAGGAGGUGGUGCUGGAGGAGGUCACGGUGGAGGUGGUGGAGGAGGAGGGGGUCAAGGUGGAGGAGGUGGAUCCGGUCACGGAGGAGGCUCCGGUGAAGGCGGUGGAUAUGGAGGAGGAUACGGUGAAGGCGGCGACUGAAUGAAGAAUAUCGCAUGCAUGCAAUAUCUUAUCCAUGCUAUGUGUUUUACAUAAUUAUUAUUAGUGUGAAAUCAUAAAAUGCUGAAAAUUUCAUUUUCUAAAGUGGGUGAGUAAAGGAGAUGGGAAAACUUCUCGCGUGUUUGGUUAAUUAUGUACUCUUCCAUAUUCGAAAUGGAUUCUUGGUGUUAUAGAUGUUUUUAUUUUUGUACUAUAAGUUGUAAUUUUUCAAUUUGAUAGUUGACAAAAUAACUGCAUGCUCGUUUGUUUUUUGUUCUUCUCCGUUUUCGCAUGUAUCAGUCAUCAUAUAUAUAACAAAACAUUUGGUAAAUUAUGUACUCU